AUGGAGUACCUCUCUAACCUGGACCCCAGCGGCCUGCUCAGGUCAGUAUCCAAUAUGAGCUCCGAUUUGGGCCGAAAGGUCUGGACCUCGGCUCCACCACCCCAGCGACCUUUCCGAGUCUGUGAUCACAAGCGUACCACCCGGAAAGGCCUGACAGCCGCUACCCGUCAGGAACUGCUAGACAAGGCUCUGGAGACCCUGGUGCUGAGUGGAGCGCUCACACUGGUGCUGGAGGAAGAUGGGACCACUGUGGAGAGCGAGGACUUCUUCCAGCUGUUGGAGGAUGACACGUGCCUGAUGGUGCUGGAGUUGGGACAGAGCUGGAGCCCCCGCAGGAGCGGGGUGCUGCCGUAUGGCCUGGGCCGGGAGAAGCCCAAGUACAGCCAGGACAUCGCCCGCAUCACCUUCGACGUGUACAAGCAGAGCCCUCGCGAUCUCUUCGGCAGCCUGAACAUCAAAGCCACGUUCUACGGGCUCUACUCCAUGAGCUGUGACAUUCAAGGACUCGGCCCAAAGAGAAUACUCAGGGAGCUCCUCCGAUGGGCCUCCUCACUGCUGCAAGGCCUGGGCCACCUGCUGCUGGGCAUUUCCUCCGCCCUUCGCCAUGCAGUAGAAGGGUCUGAGCGGUGGCAGCGGCAGGGCCGCCUUAAACCCUACUGA